CUAAGUUCCGCUAACCAGCUGUCUCAUAUGGACGAAAAAUAUGAAGGACUGUUAGUGUGGAAGUUGCAUUAGCUAAUAAUUGAAACUAUGGGCGAAAUUAAUUUCGCGGUUUUAAAAAGAGCAUGGAGAAUUAAAUAUUUAUUCUAACAUGGCGCUUACGGCGUUACAAAACACGAGUGUGUUUUAUCGGAGGAUUCUGUCCCAGUUUCCACAAGACAUUAGCUUAGCUUUUGCCUAUGGAUCUGGAGUAUUUAAACAGGCUGGGACAAACCAAGGUCAGAUGCGGAAUAACAUGCUGGACUUUGUGUUUGCUGUGGACGACCCCGUCACUUGGCACACCAUGAACUUAAUAGACAACAGGAAACACUACUCUUUUCUAAAAUAUCUUGGUCCAAAGCACAUCAGCAGCAUUCAGAAUGAGUAUGGAGCUGGAGUGUACUACAACACCCUCGUACCCUCAGAGGAAAGGCUCAUCAAGUAUGGUAUCAUCAGCACGGAUGCCCUGAUCGACGACUUGCUUCACUGGAAAACCAUGUAUAUAGCAGGCAGACUGCACAAACCUGUGCGGAUUCUGGUGCAGAAGGAAAACACGAAGCUGCGAGCUGCUCUGGUGGCGAAUCUGAAGAGUGCAGUCAUCGCCUCCUUCCUCAUGCUUCCAGAGAGUUUCUCAGAAGAAGAGCUGUUCCUCAACAUUGCUGGACUCUCUUACUCCGGGGAUUUCAGGAUGGUGAUCGGCGAAGAUAAAUCCAAAGUUUCCAACAUAGUGAAGGACAGCAUGGAGCACUUCCGGAUCUUGUAUAAUAAUAUUCUCCAAGAAUGUCCACAGGUGGUUUACAAGCCACAGCAGGGGAAGCUGGAGGUUGAUAAAAGUCCAGGGGGCCAGUUUACCCAGCUGAUGGCUCUGCCUCGCACUCUGCAGCAGCAGAUCACAAGGCUGGUGGAUCCUCCAGGGAAGAACCGUGACGUGGAGGAGAUCCUGCUGCAGCUCGCUCAUGACCCAGACUGUGGCCUGCUAGUACAGCAAGGUAUCUCUACAAUAGUAAAAACCUCCAGCAUAACACAAAGUGCCAAAGGAAUUGCUACAGCAGGACUCCUGAAAACAGUUUCGUAUAGCGUGAAAAAGCUGCGGAAGAUGCUCAAAGGCUGGAGGAUGAAGACAGUGAUUUCUUUUAAAAAGUGAGACUUUUCAGCCUUCACGGUUUGUGUUCUAUAUGAGAAUAUUUUUUAUAUUUUUUUUCAUCACAUGGUCGUGUCUAAAUGUAAUGCCAUACCACUAUGGAUAUAUUUAAGUGAACUGAGGUUUAUUUAUGUUAACACUGUGAUUUGUGUGUUGAUUUCUGUAAUAAAUGCUGUUAAAUGUUUAGGAUGGUAAACUGUACAAUGUUACUUUUUUUUUAUUUGCACUGUAUGCAUCUGUGUGCUCAGGAUUUCAAAAUGGAUGAUCAGUGUUGUAACUGCCAUCAAUCAAUCGUCACAUGAUGUUUUAAAAAAAAAAGAAAAGAAAUGAAUGAACAAAACAGUCGUAUUGCUUCAUCAUAGCUCCAGGGUUUUCGGUUAAACCCUGACUUCAGGUUACUGUCUGUGUGCAGGGUCUCAUGUUUGACCUGUACUCUUAAAAACAUACCAGUAGGUGGAUAGGUGACUCCAGAUUGUCGUGUGUGUGUUUUGUUUCCAUUAACCAACCAGAUCGAAGUAUUUACAUAUUUAAAUUCCAAGGCCCAGCCUGUCUUCAGCCGCUUUCACAGCCGAAACCUGUUAUUGUACGAGGUAAAAACAACAUGGGCUAGAUUUAAUUUUCAUUCUUUCAUAACGGAAAAGUAUUCCCACCUGAUCGUGUUUAAAGGGAUGCUACAGAGCGCAAACCUCCACGAGACGUGUAAAAAUUUGAGACCGGAUAUGACGUAUAAUUCACAAGAUGACCAGUCCAUUGUUGAGAAAAACCCAAGCUGAGACACAUCUGAUUAGCAACAUGGCGCCAGUCAAGCUUCAUCACAUCUCUAUUUGAAAGAGGUUCUCUUCCUGUUUCUGGACAUUUGUUUUGUUCAAGCAAAGGCGAGGAUUGCUUGUUUUGAGUUUUGCUGCCGGUUACUUUACACUGAGGUAGUAUGAGUCGUUCCAUCACAAUAUCACUACAUCAUUUACAUCACAACCGGUCACAAUACGUAAAUCUGAUGGUUCCGAUUUCCGUAAAUGUUAUUAGGUUGCCAGGGGAUAGAUUUAAUAUUUUGUUAAUUAAUAAUAUAAUUAAUUUGCUCCCAUUCUCACAUGACUGCAUUACAGCAUAUAAGUUGUAUGCUGUCAGAGGUGGGCAGUAACAAAGUACAUUUACUUGAGAACUGUACUUAAGUACGCUUUUUGAGUAUCUGUACUCGAGGUCUUUUUUUUUUUUUUUUAAACUUAUGACUUCACUACAUUUGAAAGACAAAUAUCAUACUUUUCAUUCCACUACAUUUCUAUCAAGGUCCUUGUUACUCAUUACUAUGAAGCAGCUUUGAAAGUGGUUCCCCCCCCCCCCCCCCCCCCCAAAAAGACUUUUUUUUCGUAGUUGAUACGGAGACAGCUGAUCAGUAAUCACUAGGGUCACGUCCAUAGACUAUAUUAGAUUAGGGACAAAAUUGGCUCAUGUUUUAAGUCGUUCAAAUUCUGUAAAGCUGCUUUGCGACAAUGUUUAUUGUUAAAAGCGCUAUACAAAUAAACUUGACUAUAUAAAAUCAAGUUCACUGAUUUCUCAGCAGUAUUAUUUGAACAUGAUCAGUUGAUGGCAGAAUGGAAAGAGGCAGUUCUGGGGAAUGCACGCACCCAUGGCCAUACCAAGAAGCCAUGUUUCAGUUUUCUGGAAGGAAUAAAGAUUCGUUUCAUUUUAAAUGUUUGCUUUGUUUGCCUAAAACGAACCACAUCACGGCCUACAAAAACUCGCUGUCCAACCUGCAGAAGCAUAUUGAGGUAUAUAAACGUUUUAUUCCAAGAGAAAGCUUGCAAUGAAGUGGUCUGUGCUUUUAGAGCUAGCGAUAACGUUGCAAUAGCUAUGCAGUCUGGUUAGUUAAAUGACUCUCUAUGGAUUUGCCUGCCAAGUUGCCAUCGCCUUGUCCACGGCUAACGAUAACACAUAGCUAGUUAACUUAGACACAGUUAGCAUGUAAAAGAAGAAGCCUUUCUUUGUCCCAUGCACACUCGAGCACAGUGAAAUUCAUCCACUGCGUUUAACCCAUCUGAAGUAGUGAACACAUGCAUGCACACGCACAUACCCAGAAAUGGAGUUACGCUAACAUGAAUAACGUUAACUUACAUUGGUGUUUGAAAGUUUGUGAACCCUUUAGAAUGUUCUACAUUUCUGCAUAAA